CGGCGCACUUCCGGCUGCGCGUCGCUGCUCGCACACUGCAGGGCCUCGGAGCCGGCCUGCACCUCCCUCCGCUCCUGCGGGCGUCGGGGAGAGGAGUGGAAGAUGUCUAUGGAUGUGACCUUUCUUGGGACAGGAGCAGCAUAUCCGUCGCCGACCCGUGGCGCCUCUGCGGUGGUUCUUCGGUGUGAGGGCGAGUGCUGGCUUUUUGACUGUGGGGAGGGAACACAGACCCAGCUUAUGAAAAGCCAGCUGAAGGCAGGGAGAAUUACCAAGAUCUUCAUCACGCAUCUUCAUGGAGACCACUUCUUUGGCCUUCCCGGCCUCCUCUGCACCAUCAGCCUGCAGAGUGGCUCUGUGGUCAGCAGGCAGCCCAUUGACAUCUAUGGCCCCGUCGGGCUUCGGGACUUUAUCUGGAGAACCAUGGAGCUCUCUCACACGGAGCUGGUGUUUCCUUACGUGGUUCAUGAGUUAGUUCCUACAGCUGACCAGUGUCCUGGAGAAGAACUGAGAGAAUCCGCCCACAUGGAUGAGGCAGACAGUGCUCCCAAAGGACAAGGGCGAACUAUCCUGCUGGAUGCCGAAGAAAACUCAUACUGUCUGGUUGAUGACGAGCAGUUUGUGGUAAAGGCAUUUCGCCUCUUUCAUAGAAUUCCAUCCUUUGGCUUCUCAGUCGUGGAAAAGAAGCGUGCUGGUAAACUCAAUGCACAGAAGCUGAGAGAUCUCGGUGUGCCACCAGGUCCAGCCUAUGGGAAGCUGAAAAACGGUAUUUCUGUCGUUUUGGAUAAUGGAGUUACAAUAUCUCCCCAAGAUGUCUUAAAAAAGCCUAUGGUUGGAAGAAAAAUCUGCAUCCUGGGUGACUGUUCCGGGGUUGUGGGGGAUGGGGCAGUGAGGCUGUGCUCUGAAGCCGACCUGUUGAUCCAUGAGGCGACUCUGGAUGAUUCCCAGAUGGACAAAGCGAAAGAGCACGGCCACAGCACGCCACAGAUGGCUGCGGCCUUUGCAAAGCUGUGCCGGGCAAAGAGGCUAGUUCUGACUCACUUCAGUCAGAGGUACAAACCGACCGCCUUAGCUAGAGAAGGGGAGACAGAUGGCCUCGCAGAACUGAAGAAGCAAGCCGAAUCCGUGUUGGAGCUCCAGGAAGUGACUCUAGCGGAAGACUUUAUGGUGAUCGGCAUUCCGAUCAAGAAAUGAAACCCGUGCGCGCUCCCGACACACUAAUGCGGCCGUGCUGUGGAGUUACAGACCUGCACUACAGACUCUUUGUUGGUGGUUGUGAGUGAUUUUUUUUUAAAUUACUUUGGCCCUAAAGAUGGAGCUGCAUUGUUGAGCUGACUCAGUGAGAGGGAACAAGGUUUUAAAUAAUAAAUCAUUUUUAAAAGAUGAAAAAAAUUUAAAUGAUUUAAAAUUUAAAUUUUAAAUGAUGAAAAUCCUUCUUAAAGUGCAGAUGUGACAAAAUAAUCCAUUGUGCAGGGGUACUUAUUUUGUGGCUGUUGCUACAGAUAGAAUUCAACACUCUGUGCAGUGUUAGACUUAGCUUUGCCUAGCUUAGAGCUGUUGUUGGCAAAUUAUAUAGGACUGGGUCCUCUUGGCUACACAAACGGUAGCAGAAUUUGUAUAGAACUUGUGUUCCUAACAGGGAGAUAAGAGAUGGGGGCAAUACACGUGCAGUAUUGACAACGAGGUGGCCGUUUGCCGGAACAGUCAGUGCAGGCUUGGAUUCAGCUUUAUCUUAGCAUUUUCUUCAGCAUUCUGGUUUCUUUUAGCACAUGGUCCUGGGUAGUCUACUGAGAAUUAGAUAUGAUGGGACUGUUUUUCCAUUGCAGUGACGGAGGGGAGAUGGUGACAGCACAGUAGUUGAGUUAGUGGGGGUCAGGAAUGCCAUAUAUGCUGUGCAGUUAGCGUUAGUCCUGCGUAAUAAUUACCUCAAAGUUCUAGGCCUGUUCAGAGACACAAAUUAAACCUUUUAUUCCCAAUGUGAAUAUGCUUUGCUAAAGUUAAUGAUGUUAUGGAUUGGAUUAAUAGAUGGGCCAAAUCCUCCAACAGGAGGUAAAGGAUAUGUAUGAUAGAAUUAGAUCAGGUAUUAUUUGGCAAAAUGAGUCAUCAAGUGAAUGUUAUGGAUGUGGAGAGAGACGGUCACCCCCACUGUGGGGUGGAGUCUGCCUCAGGCCUAGUGGUCCUGGAGCUGCAGUGAGUUGAGUGUGGAGUUGGAGAGAGAACUGCUGCCUCUGCUUCCAGAGACUAAGUUGGGAGGUCAGGGUGACCUGACACUGCGUGCCAAACUGCCUGGGUGACUCUGAAAUGAGUACAUGGGUACUGAGCUAGCCAGGAGAAAAAAAAUGUCUUUUUUCUAUGUAUUUAAAUUGAGGGCACAUCUAUUUUAUAGAUUCUUAUAUAUGUUUGUGUAUUAUAUACUUUAUGAUGCAUAUUUUUACAUGAAGGCUGACCGCCCUCCUAUUUUCUUAAAGCAAAAUAAAGAUAUUUUAUUGGACAAACAAAAGCUAGGAGUUUAUUAUCAGAGAAUCCUCUGUAAGUAAUUCUGAGGCAUUAUUUUGGCACAAUAAAAAUAAUGUUGGAAGGUUAAGAAACCAUAAAGGGGCAAAGCUGGGUGUUGUGGAGAGACACUGACUACAGGGCCCGCUGACAAGUCCAGACCUGCGCUCUCAUCCAGUAGUCUCUCAGAUUGUGAGGCUUAAUAGAAUUUUGGAGUUGCAUCAUUUAAUGUCUUUUUCUCGGAGUGCUGAGGCUGUUUUCUGUGAGUGGAAGUAAAACUGACAUGUGGUUCUUGUGUUCAAAUCUCUAUCUUCGAGUAGUUCCUUCUUUCUAGUUCUGUCUGUGUUAGAGAACAUCUUAGUUAGGCAUGGUGGCACAAGCCUGUUACCUUGCUGUUUGCAAGGCUAAGGCAGGAAAAUAGGAGCCCGGGCUACAAAGUAGGACUUUAUCUUAAAAAAAAAAAAAAAAAAAAAAAAAAAAAAAAACAGACAGAAAAAUAAAUGUGACUUGUAACGCAUUUUCAUGUUCAUUCACCUUCUUCGCUGCCACACAGGAGUGGCCUGCUUUAUUCUGUUGAAGAUUUGACUUCAUCGGCUUACAGACCUAAGGCCCAUCCUCUCUGUCAUCUCCCCCUGUAUUUAACAAGGUCUCAUCGUGCAGCUCGAACUGGCCUGAAGCUUAAAGCUCCUUCCUGCUUGGGAGCUGGGGUUAUAAACGUGUGGUUGUCAUCUGCCCAUAAUGUUUUAAAUAUUUCUUUCCCAAGGAAAUUUUAUAAUUUUUAGGCUGGGAGUAUAGCCUGGUGGUAGAGCACUUGCUUAAUUUUGAUCUGUAGUAUAAAAAGGAAGGGUGAUUAUUGCCUCCUAGUACAAAUGUCUUUAUUAUGCCUUUAAUACAUAUAAUUCAACUCUUUUUUUCUCUGAAUAUUCUGAUGUCAGCUUGAAAUUUUCCUACUUUUUCUCUUAUUAGUGAAAUAAGAAUCCUUCCCAAAUGUGUCUAUCCUAAAUGGACAGUGAUGGUACUUUUAUCUUACAGAGGAAGAUGUUUAUAGUAAAAUGUACUAGAUCUGUCUUUACUAACAGAUUUGAGGGCUAGUGAAGUGGAGAUUAAUAGGAGUAUUGACCCCCUCCCUUCUUUCUCUUUCUUCUUUUUUUCCUUUAAGAUUGGGGUCUCAUGUAGCACAGGCUAGCCUUGAACUUGAUAUAUAGCCAAGGAUGAUCUUGAAUUUGUGAUGCUUCUGCCUCUGCCUCCAGAAUGCUGAGGUAACUGUCUUAUGUCACCAUGUUAGGUCUGUGUGACACUGAGGAUGGAACCUAGGCUAGGCUUCUGUGGUGCUGAGGAUGGAGCCCAGGACUCUAUGCCUGCCAAGCAUCCCAGAGCUCAGGUGUGGGGGGCUUUUAGGGGAUACUGAAAAUGAAGCACUGGCUGCACCUUUGAAUAUUCUUUCUUGACAGAGAAGAACUAAAUCUAAGGGGAGACUGUGGGAUAAUAGUGUGUAAUUUUUCUUUUCUUUGGUGUAUAAAAAUAAAAAACAACUAUUUAAGUCAAGUUUUUUAUUUUUGUUUUAAAAAACAAGAGAAGUGGCUGGGGAUGUAGCUCAGGGUAGAACAGUAGUUAGCCUGAGCUAGGUCUUGGGCUUGAUCCCCAGUGUCUCCACUUGGCCCCUGCCCCCCAGAAAGACAAGGGGGAAGAGAGGGAACAUGAAUGGUUAAAAGUGGAUUCAGAUUAUAAGAAUGUAUGAAAAUGUAAUAAUGAAACUCAUACAGUUAAUAUGUACUGAUAAUUUUUUUAAGUGGAGAAAGAAGUUUGGGAGGCAAGAGAGGCUGCCACUUCUGUGGGGCUUUAUGACUCAGUAGUACAAUGGACGUUCUGACGAAGUGUAUGUAUAUACUCAUUUAGUAUAGCAGUUACCUCAAAGCACAUCCAUUCCGAUAAAGCACUCCUCUGGAUAGCUGUGGUCGCCUAGACACAUAGACACUCCAGGUGGCUGACAGUUCAAGUCCUUGUAUGAUUCCUCUUCAUCAUCUGGACUGCAGCCAGAGUGAGCUUUCCCCAAGACGUAACCUUUGCCAUCUCUCUCUGGCUUGAAGCUUGGUAGUGCUCUGGCCCUUUCGCCUAACCUAAUCUUACUCCCCCAUGCUACUCAGGUUUGCAGCCCCGGCCUCGAGGUCUUCAGAGCCUUCCAGGGAUCUGCUUCCUUCCCCUGAAAUGGUUUGCCAUUCCCCAAAUCACUCUAGCGAGCCUUGGCAUCUUAGCUUUGCUUUCAGGCUCACAGAAGUCUGCCUACCUGGCCCCCGCGAGGAAGUGUACGUUUCUCAGCCCCUCAACCCGCCUUCCUGACACUUGUCAGUUACAGCUUUGUUUUGCCUCUGUAUGUGAUGUUUCUCCUCCACGCCAGCUCUGUGAACCACACAAGGCAGAGCUCUGUCUGCUUCUGUUCCCCUGAUGACUAACUCUGUCCGGAACAUCAACGGCAUCAAUAAAGAGUGUUGACUGGA